AUAUUAUCUGUUAAUUUAAUGUUGUCCGCCAAUCUUAUAAAUCAUAGAAGUGUUCUAAGAGAGAAAUCUCUUAACUUUUUAAAUGUUCCAAUAGCUGAUUACCUAGUAUACUAAAUAAUUAUUUUAUCUAGACUCAAUAGAAACCAAUUACUGAGGAUUCAUAAUAUAAAGCCUUCUAAAGAAAUCUUUAACUUUAAAAACAAAUCCUGAAUGAAUAAGAUGAUGUUCACCAAUAUUAAACUGAAUUAUUCACUAAAUCAGUUAAAUAAGAGAGAGUACCAAUCAUUGUAAAUCGUCCAUCAGUCCAGCAUUUUAAACCAACUUUACCCAAUGAUUUUGCUAUUCCAAAUAGAAAAUCAGAAACAAUUAUAAAAUAAAUAUCUAGAAUUGAUGAAGAUUUAGACCAAUUAGCUCAAAUUUUCUAUUAACGUAAACUUUUGAUGAAAGCGUACAAUGCUUUAGAAUAGCAUGCUGAAAGAUAGAACAUACAAAUUGCUGAUGAACAUAGACAGCUUUAGGUAUUUAAAGCCUUCUUCAGGUAAUUACAAAAAAAGCAAAUGAUCUAAAAUUUUAAGAAAAGCCUUAAGUAAAAAUGAAUCACUCUAUAUUAUGAAUUUAAUAAUGUAUAUGCAC